GCCAGAAAUAGCUAGCCGCGACGCCGAUAACGGCCUUGUACGGCUAGUUGCACGUUGCUUGCCUUCUGGCUUUUUCGGCAUUUCCCAAGUUUAUAGACAAUAAUUGGCUACCGACUUGAAUAGAGUUUCACGUCUUUAAAAUCGCGGGCUCGAGUUGUUUUUUUUUUAUUAAGCCUUCCGGUUAUACGUGGUGUUUUUAUUCGUUGGACUUCCUGUAUGUCGCACGAAGAAUUACAAGAUAUUUGUGUAUAUUAAGUUUACACAAUUCUGCGAGGAUAACAUGCACGAGAAACAUUUUACCAUGCAAUCGGAAGAAGUCGAUGAAGCAGUUAGCUGUGCUGACCUAUCGUUGUCCGAUAAAAUGACUUUUUCGAAGACUGUUGCAUUUGUCCGUUCCCAAGAGCCGAACGACACAUUAACUGAUGUCGACCAAUUUUGCGACGAUUCCAUUAAACUAGAAGACAUAAAUUUAGAAGACGAAAUCGAAAAGGUUGAGGUAACUUCGGAAGAAUCGUCCUCGAUUUCCGAAGAAGAAAAAAUAGGCGAAAAUCCGGAUUUAAAAUCGUCGCGCAUAUUUUCCGGUAUACCGGAAGAAAAUCCCAGCGAGACUGUAAAAAAUUGGCUGCAAAAAAUCACCGAAAUUCAAAAUGAGUUCCAAAAGAAAACGGUCAAUCAGCCGGGUAGCGUUAACGGUACCAACGCGGUUCCCAACAGAGUAGUUCAGUUUCAAGAUUUACCUUACAUGGGUGAAAUAACAUUGGAGAACUCGAAACCCAGACGGGGAAGGAAACCAAAAAAGGCCGAUAUUUGUCAUUUGAUCUACAAAAACUACGGCACGAUUUUUCCCGGCACGCCCAACGCAAACAGUUAUUUGGAAAAGGAGUGCCAGACAAGGAAAAGUAACAUUUCGGACAGGGAACAAGACAUCGCGCCCAAGAACGACGUUCAAAAUAAAAUUAUUAGCAGCCUACUUGAAAAAAGACUGACGCAGGAAAAUAAAAAACCUACGGUUAAAUCCAAAGCAGAUCAAAAUGAACCACUCAACUUAUGUAUACGAGAUCUAAAUCAACUCAAAAUUCGCUUGCUCAAGAAGAAAGACAACACUUACACUUCGAAAAUUAAGUCUGAACCACAGUCUGAUGACGAUGUCGAAUUUCCACACGAACCGCCGUCGCCUUCGAUCAGCGCGAAAACGCUGACGUCAAUGACCCCCGAGAGUUUGUCUACUUCAAGCCCAGAGACUCCUCCAGAUGGGAUGACUGGACCGGGAGGCUACGUAUACUGGCCCAACGCGGGCGUAUUCUUACAUCCGAUGGCUUUACAGCAGCAAUUGUUGAUGUAUCAAAGACUCGCCAACAAUAUGAAUUAUACUUUACCUAGCCACAGUCCGAGACCGCCUCCCUUCGAGAGUAAGGCGGACCAUAGUGACGUAAAGAAAAUAGUACCGAAUAUAGCAAAGACAGUCGACACUGAUACUUCUCCGCAAGACGUGAAAAUCAAAAGGAACUCAAGUGCGUCGUGCAACGAUCGCAGACCCGCCAAACGGAAACGUUCGGCCAUCUUUAUCCCGCCCAUACCCCCCGAAAACAACAGCAAUCCGGCGACGGAAGUGAGCAUUUGCAAAUUUAAAUUCACCGGUGGAGCUAAACCCAGCCUGCAAGAGAAAAAAAUGCUCUCUGUGGACUCUGGCGGUAAUUUUCGCUACUACAGCGGCACUGGGGACAAGAGCAUGAGGGGUUACGAAUUUUUUCCGCGAGAGACGCUGCAGCAGCAGGUGAGCAACGGUCAGGGCUCCAGUACGGGUGCCUUUUUGCAAGCUAGCGGGGAGAAAAUUUAUCCGAUGCCACCCGCCGAAAUUGCCGUUCCUUCAGAUUUUCUUCUAACACCAGAAUUGCCCGGGUCAAGUUUGGUGAUUAAUACCGACUCAAGUAACGCCAAGAACAAAAAGAGAAAAUCCAGAAAGUCGCUCCAAAGGGAAAAGCUAGAGAAAACUUUCAAGGAGAAAGGAUUUCUGAUACAGACGCAGCAGCUCGAGUCGGCUGAAGGCGCCACCUAUUGCAAGUUCCGGCAAUUGAGGAAAUUUACGAGAUAUUUGUUCAGAUCUUGGAAGGAUUACCUGCCGGGUAACGUGAGGGAUUUGCAAGAGAACGAUAGAAAUCCCGCCAAUGAACUUCCCAUCGAGACUAUCGACAAUGCGUCAGUGAUAUCGUGUGAAUUGCCUAGCAGUUCUUCAGCUACCUAGUGAAAUGCAUAGUUUCUCCUUUGCUCUCCUACUAUUUAACAACGUCAUUUUUUCGAAUGCAUAUUUUACGAUUUAACCAAAGAUAUUACUUUGUGAGAAAUAAGACAAUACUCGUGACAGGGUGGCAAACGUGGUGCUAAAAUCGUAAUCGUAAUGUAACGUUUUUCUUCGUCUAAUCUAGUCCUUGGAUAAGAAUUUAAAGUACCGUGUACUCUAAAAUGUUUUUGUUGUUAA